CAUAAUCAAGAUGAAAAAGGAACGCGAAAAUAUCUAAUUUUGGCAAGGCAUUCAGUAGAAAUUUGGGCGAGGACGUUUCGUCUCCGUAAAAGGAAUUACUCCAUAUAAAAAACGGCUUGUAUUGUUAUAACACUGGUCAACAUCAAAACGCAAUGCGUAAGGCUUAAUUUUCCAUAAACACUGUAUUAGCUUGUAUAGCAGCUAGCCUCUCACCAUCUAUGAGAACUUUGGCAUUUUAUAUUUGGUAUUGUAGUAACAUGCCUAUGCUAUCCGCUCACCACCGAACAUCGAAUAAUUACAGUUUGGCUACCAAAAAAAAAAUAAGUGGUAGAUAAUAUCGACCAUUCCUACUUUGUGACAUAUAUUUUACGUUUUAAAAGGCACAGAUGGUACGGCUAAUAAAGAAAUUAAGCAUGAAUGACACACAGCGGGCUGUCCAAUAAACCGGAGAGGGAAGCAAUUUAAUAUUAAUGAUAUACGUAAUCGGAAUUGGUUGAUUGAACCCUUAACCCUUUGAAUUUUUGAGACCAAGAAAGAACAUACCACCUUAAGCCGACAAAGGAAAAACGUACUACCGCUACGUUAAUUGGAACAAUUCAUCGUUAUGUUAGCGUUCCACAGCAGCAUGGAAAAUCCUAAAUCUCUACCUUAAGAAUGUUGAUUUUAAUAUGUCUAACUGAAAACAUACAUCGAACGAACUCCGUGAUCAGCAGGGCGCGAAAUAGCUAUUUAACCCGUUAUCUUCGCACACUCUUCAAAGUUUAAAGUAAGUCUUUGUACAGAAGCAAACUUCCUCUCUAUGAACUUCAAGAAAGUUGAACUUCAGACGUCACUUAUAAAGAAAGUCGUGUGUUUGAAAGCGAGCGAUUUUCCCCUUACUACAUUUAUCUGUUCAGAAAUCAAAUAAAUUUAGCGGGUAAUGAAUUGUAAUUGACUUGUGAAAAAAGUCGAUGGAUUGAACAGAAUAUUGUAAUUGCCUAAUCUCUAUUCCUUGUGUUACUUAAAAUAACACCGCUCGUAUUUCCCCCAACUUUAAUAUCGGUCCUCAAGUAAAUCGACUUUUGUAUACUCAAAAAAGAACACUAGAACAGAAAGAGAACAAAAAAUGACCUAGAAAUAGUCUUCGCUAGAACCAAAUGUUCUUCACUGCGACACAGUUAAUCUUUCUUUAGCCUUGCCUAUUCUUGAAUCUAAUAUUGCUUUUUCUUCUUGUCUUUGGAUGCGGAAACCUAGGUCAAAUUUCACACUGGCAUUAUUUGUUUGUGAUCAAGCUUUCUCCAUGAUGCCUGAGUCAAGCAACUCCACAAGGAACUAACUAGACGCUACUAGCCUUUAUUAAGGACUUCUACACUGAACUUAACUUGGGUUUUUUUGUAUUUGAGUCUAAUCAUGUUCACUAGGUCCCUUUCGAGUUGAUUUUUGUGCUUUGCUGUAGUAGCCGCCAGCACACAUUCUAAAGAGAAUUAAAGUAGCUAGCACCUUUACCUUAUUCUUUUACUAGGCCAAUCCCACCACUUCCAAAACAUUUGUCCAGUUUAAUCCCGAUGGCCUUGUCUCCGCAGCCCUUACGACAGUUCAUAUGAAGUAUGUCAUUCUCGAAACUACGCCAAAUAUAAUAUAAUGGAUAGCAUUUCUUGUUAAUUAUCGACUGAUGUCAUCACCACGGCCAAGAUGUUGGCAAAAGUCUUGGAUUACGUUGCCUCGCCACUCGGCUCCAAGUGCACUUUAGAACAUUUUACAGGUUCUUAUUCAAUUACAAGAUCACGCGAUAGAUAAAAUAGCAGAAACUUGGCUUUCUCUAGCUUUGUCUUGUUUUGUUAGGGUCGCACCCCCCGGCAGCGGCCCAGUCUAGUAGCGAGCCACAGAAAAGUUUUUCAAUCAACGUGAAUUUGUCCAUUUCGGUCUCUGCUGACAUAAUGAUCGGCCGCCUCGCCUUCAUUGUAUUUUUCUUCGGAACUCCACUAAAGUCGAAUCCUGUUUGCUUAGCUCAGGAAAAACAACAGGAUGCCAAAGUGAGACUCGUCCAUCGACUCAUGAUGAACUACCAAGAGGAAAAGCAAAUUCUGCCGGCACCAAACGGCUCUAAGCCAGUCAUCGUUACCUUUGACAUGGCGUUCAGUCAACUCGUUGAUUUGGAUAGCAAAGACCAGAUCAUGACGAGCAACAUUUGGGUCAGACAGUUUUGGACGAACUACAGACUUGCCUGGGAUCCAGCUGAGUUUGGUGGAAUCGAAAUCAUCAACAUCAGUCCAAAGAUUGUUUGGAAGCCUGAUAUUCUUCUUUACAACAAUAUAAACGGCGUCGGAGGAGAGAUGUACAACUUCGACACCAAAGUAAUCUUGCAUCACGAUGGUCGAAACGAAUGGUUUGCGCCGACGGAAAUAAAAUCCAUUUGCAAGAUUGACAUAACGUUCUUUCCGUUUGACGAGCAAACAUGCUUACUCACGUUCGGUUCAUGGACCUACAACGGUCAGUACUUGGAUCUGGCUCUUAAGAGCAAUACCGCUGACUUAAAAAAGUACACCCGAAAUGGUCAGUGGACAUUGGUUUCCGUCAACGCCACAAAAAACGUCGUUAAAUACAGCUGUUGCAAAUAUCCUUAUGUCGACAUAACUUUUAGCGUUCACAUUCGACGACGGCCGUUGUUUUACGUUCAGAAUUUGAUUCUACCAUGUAUUUUGCUGGCUACUUUGACAGUGUUCUCUUUCUCGUUGCCUCCGGGUUCUGGAGAAAGAAUCGCUCUUGUGAUCACUCUCUUGCUUGGCCUUACUGUCUACAUGCUGAUCUUCACGGAAAACAUUCCUCAAACAUCAGAAGUUGUGCCACUGAUCAGCAAGUUUUUCAUCGUAAUCCUGUUUGAGGUUGCCUUCUGUUUGAUGGGAACGUCGAUUACCCUAAGGCUUUACCACUACAGUGAACCUGAUAGAAAGAUUACGCCAUGGGUGAAAGUGCUCAUAUUUGGCUGCUUGGCGAAGCUUUUGAGAAUGAAGAUGAAGUCGUAUUCAGCUGAGCCGCGAGACAACGGCAGCAUGUCGAGAUCAAAGUCUAAGAUGAGGAGCGAGUUUUUUCAUCGGCUUCUAGGGUGUAGAGAAGGUGGUACCAAAUCCCUGAAUGACACUAGAAUGCAGGUAACGCAAAUCUGUGCAGAGGACUCUCUCUGUCUAGAGGAACACCUGGACGAAAUGACGGACAAAAUGGGCGAUAUUCAUGGCCGUAUGGUGACCGACAAAAACAACGACGUGGGAAACAAAGAGAAGUGGCAUUUUGCCGCGUCCGUGAUUGACAGGCUUUUCUUCUACCUUUCUGGCCUGGCUAUUUGUCUAUCUGUGAUCAUUUUCUAUCUGAUGAUUCCACGCUACGAAGGGGGGAAAGAAUUUCAAGACUUUGAACAAUGACCGAUUAGACACAGAACUCUGAGAGACAUCUUCAAUGGAACAUUGGCUUGUUAGUGGGAGAAACGUUAGUUUCUAAAUUGUGUUACGUUAAACACUUAGUUGACUUUCAUGCGGAAGCUGAUGUUUCGAGAGCUAGCCAGUCAGCGGGCUCGUCCCUGGAAAAGUGAAUAGGAGGCUCACUUCCCAUAUCUCUUGCCUGCUGAGUGGUGAGCCUGCCUGGAUCUUAUUCUCGAGUUAGCCUUUCUUUCACGAACAUGAAGUAAGGAGCUACACUGACGGAGGAAAGACGGUAACGAGAGACACGAACAUGUAAAUCAGUGGAACGCGCGGCUUUCGUAGAGGACUAAGGCGCCGAUUUGAAAGUUAAGUCUAUUUUUCGAAGGUUUGCGUCUUUUAGUGUUGACUUUACUUUAACAGUUCACUUGACGCUCAGUGAUGAUCAGGAGAACGACUACAAACAACGAAGGUGCUAACGCUCGAAGUAUCAGCUUUCCAAAUUCGCCAUGGCAGUAAAUUUACGUUUUCUUCUUCAAACUGAUUAUUGCAUGAGUAUGGCUUGUGACAUCCUUUGCGGCUGGAUUAUGCAGUUUAUGUCAAAAUAGAUUAAGGCAAGCGGGUGUCACUGGUAGAUGUUUUGAAUUCGCGGUUUCCUUGUUAACGUUUGAGCAACAUAAAUAUUUAUGAACUUCAGGAGUUGUUGAGCAUCUGUUCCAAGAGUGAGUGGAUUAUUCUUUGAAGUGAAGGCGUUCUAAGCAACUGGCAAUUAUUUUGUUUAAGGCUCUCCAUAAUCCUUCUCCGACUAGUUUGAAUACAUGUAAUUCUCUUUAAGUCUACAUCUAGUGUUCACUCACAUAAUCUAAGAAAUUCGAAAUGCAACUUCUUCGUUCCUAGAACGAUUACUGAAGCAGGCAAACGAAGUUUUCAAUAUCGCGGUUCUGUUCUCUCAGUUUGCCUUUGAGCGCUAAGAUACAACCAACUCUUAGCUCUCUUAAAUCAUUUAUAUAAUCGAGAUUAAAUUUACUAGUAACGAUACUAAUUAGUAAUAAAGGAUAGUUUUUUCAA